AGGGAGAAGCACAUGAUUUGGAUGUGAGUGACUCAACAACACUCAUGUGUGGCCUGCAGACGUCGGGCCGUUGACCAGUCUAAGGCUCCGACCUUUCCUGAGUCAUUCCCCCGGAACGGUCAACCAGAUUCUCGUGGUUCUCCUUCCGACUGACCUGCACAAGUCAUCGCUAUUGAUCAUUUUGUAGCACGACGUGUUUGAAAUGCGCAUAUAAACUUAGCUAUUCUCGAGGAAUUAUUCCUCUACCGUUAUCUAGCGGAGUUGUGUUUUGCGUUCAUUACAUUUGUAUGACAAAGUAACUUUUAACUUCGUCUGUGGGUGAGCGGCUAACAAAUAGCAAUCCCCAAAGAUCCCGGAUACAAACGAAUCUAGCCUCAGCUCAGGCAGUCACUGCUGAUCCUAGCGGCUGAUAAUGUCCUCUGGUUACAUGGUUAUGGUCCAAACAAGGGAGCUGAGGAAAGCCUGAAACAAACCAAAUACUGUUAAGGUGACCACCAUCCCAUAGCUCAGAGAGGAAGUGAAACCAAGGGAUUGAGACCGAAGCAGUUCAAUGGAUGAAAACGUUGCAUGGACUGUAGAUUGAAAGAGGAAGUACUUCACCCUCUCAAAUUUUUGCUUUCGGUCUCUGCUUGUCCAGCCCUUCAGGCCCCUCUGCCUGUUAUUUUGUUUCUUGUAAGAGGUGCGUGAUAACUUGACGCAGAGAUGACAGCAACACUGUGGGAUAAGUAAGAGUGGUAACUGAGAAGAGCAGUGACGUGAAUCCUUACAUCCAUAGGCUACCCACUGGAAUAUCUAAGUAUUAGCUAAUCAAGCAACAACAAUCCAUCUACCUUGGACACAGACCAACAACUAUGAGCACUUUCAGAUGCUCAUGGAGGAAGUGAUUGACUCUGCCAGACCGCAAUUUGAUGAGGAUAGUCUCUUUGCCCUUGUGUAGAGUUUAAAGUGUCAGAAAUCCUUCAGCAUCUGUCACUGCAGCUCAACUAAGGGGGAAAAACACAUUACUGCACUGGACUGGUGGAAAGAAAACUUAGGUGAACCUGUGAUGAGUCGGAAUGUGGUGCUGCAAUGAACUAGGAAUCCCCUACUGGAGUUAGUGGGAGGAACUGGAACUGAGGUGGAACCAGAACUAACCGAGGCCUUAGCACGACAACGGAAUGCCAUGUACUAAACUGGAAAUAGGCUUGAUUUAACUGGUAAUUAUUGCACUUUGGAGGUAACAGAAAUAGUUUGUAAUAUUGAAUAAGAAGUCUGGAGUGGACUGGAACUGAUCUGGGAAAUCAACAGGAAAUGAAAUUUCAAUGGAAGUGUUUUGAGGAUGUUUUCUGUACAUCUUCCAUUCUGAACUGGUAGCAUAGGGGGAGACUGUUUCAUCCUGGGAUUUGGGAAGACUGGAAACUGUUCCUGUGGAACUGCAUUUAUUGGGAGAGGAUUACUGAAACCAUCAGCACUGUCUGCAGAAAUGGCGGGCCCGGGAAAGGACUACAACCAUCUCUUCAAACUGCUCAUCAUUGGAGACUCCAAUGUAGGGAAAAGCAGUCUACUACUACGAUUUGCAGAUAACUCCUUCUCUGGCAGCUACAUCACUACAAUUGGUGUGGACUUUAAGAUCCGUACGGUGGACAUAGACGGGGAGCGAGUCAAACUGCAGAUCUGGGACACGGCGGGCCAGGAACGCUUCAGGACCAUCACCUCAACGUAUUACAGAAAUACCCAUGGUGUGAUUAUUGUUUAUGACGUCACCAACCCAGAGUCGUUUGUGAAUGUGAAGAGGUGGCUUAAUGAGAUCACUCAGAACUGUGACAACGUCUGUAAGAUCCUAGUGGGGAACAAGAAUGACGACCCCUCAAAGAAGCAGGUGGACUCCCAUGAUGCAAUGCGAUUCGGGGAGUCGGUGGGUGUCCGGGUAUUUGAGACGAGUGCCAAAGAAAAUAUCAACGUGGAAGAGAUGUUUAUGGCUUUCACUCACAUGGUCCUUCGGACAAAGAAGCAGAGUCAGAGUCGUGCAGAGAGAGAGCGGGAACGAGAGAAGGAAACGGUUGACAUCAACUCUCACAGACACAGAGAGAGGAGGAAGAGGGGGAAGAAGUGUUGCUGAGGGAGAAAGAGAGGAGAUUUUCUAAGAACAGGACAGACCAAUGGAGAGUCGAGCAUCCAAAGUCUGUCUGCGCUCAUGUGAAAGAGCCAGGACAUUACAUGUUGACAUUGCACUGAGACAAGAUUACAAGAGGUUAAGGACAGAGAACCACUGUUACGUGCCGAAUUUUUACCCUAGCAGUUAUUUUUUAUUGAAUGUAUAUUAAUGUCAUUUCAUCAUUAAAAAGGAAACUGGAUCCCCAACGUGUCAAACUUAUUAAAACCCCUAAUUUAGGAAAUACACUAAUGACUUCAAAAGUGACUAGAGUGUGAUGCAUAUGUCUUAUUUGUAAUGAAAAAGACUGUCAUGUGACAAAUAUAACGUCUAAAUAAACAGUGAGCAAUAAAGUCAA